AUUUACUAACGUAGUUAAGUGAGAGGGAGAGUGUGGCCAGUGAGAAAAUUAUUUUUAGGGGAAAAAACAAUUUUGAUUUUUUUAUUUAAAAUAAAAAAGGAAAACGGAAAAUAACAAAAAUUAUUAUAAAAAUAACAAAAUCAGGACUUUUUAUUUGAGUUGAUAAUUUGAGAGUGCAGCCAAAACUGAAAAUGAAUAAACUGAAGUCCACACAAAAAGACAAGGUAAAAAAAUUCAUCUCCCUAACACAAACUGGUGAGCAAACAGCCAUAUACUGUUUGCAGCAGAACGACUGGAAAUUGGAUUUGGCAGGAGAUAAUUAUUUUCAAAAUCCUGAAUAUUACUAUCGGGAGUUAGAUCGUAAGCGCAUUGAACAACUGUUUAUGCGUUAUCGGGAUCCAAGCGAUAUACAAAAAAUCAACUCAGAGGGUGUUAUACGGUUUCUUGAUGAUCUUGAACUAACUCCGGAUUCAAAAUUAGUACUAAUAAUAGCCUGGAAGUUCCAUGCCGAAGUGCAAUGUGAAUUUACCCGCGAAGAAUUUGUGAAUGGUCUAUUUGAGCUUGGUGUAGACAGCAUUGAAAAAUUGAAAACAAAAUUACCGCUACUAGAAAUGGAAUUAACUGAUUUGGGAAAAUUCAAAGAUUUCUAUCAAUUCGCUUUCAAUUAUGCUAAGGAUCCCGGUCAAAAGGGCAUUGAUCUUGACAUGGCCAUAGCUUAUUGGCAGAUUGUAUUAAGUGAUCGUUUUAAAUUUUUAGAUCUGUGGUGUAAAUUUUUAAAGGAAAAACAUAAACGCUCCAUACCCAAAGAUACUUGGAAUUUAUUAUUGGAUUUUGCUACCCAUAUUGAUGAUAAUAUGACCAAUUAUGACUCGGAAGGCGCUUGGCCAGUGCUGAUCGAUGAUUUUGUUGAAUGGUGCCAAGAAAAUCGUCAAAUGCUGCAAUCUGAAAAUUGCCUGCAGACUAAUAAUUUGACACUUUCACCUUCGCAGACACUACAACAACAGCAAUCAGCCCAACAACAACAGCAACAGAAGAACAUAUCGAAUAGCUUUCAAUCAUCAGCUCACAGUACAAAUAUGAAUUAUGGCUAACGACGUUUAUUUAAACUGUAUUAAGUUCUUUUUCUACACAUAUAUAAAUAAUACUUUUAUUCUCUGCGCAACUAAGUAACAUUAAUAAUGAAAGCGGAAACAAUUACAAAUAAUAUAAAAACGAGGAGAGUGAAACCAUAUACACAUAAAUAAAUAUAUAAAAAUAUUAUUAGUAAUAAAUGUAAUAAUUUGUGAGAAGCAACUUGCUAAGAACCAAAAGCAUGCAUCAGAUUUAGUGCAUUCAUAAAAUCCCUUUUGAAUGUAUAAAACAACGUUAUAUGCGCAUCAUUAUUAUCUUUGGAUAUGUGUAACAAAAAUGACAAAAAAUUAUUUCAGUUUAAUAUUUUUACAACUACUUACUUUUCAUGCAACGUU